AUGCCAAUUUUAGUCAAAGGUGAUGAUGUCAGAAUUGGAACAAAGGUCAACACUCCUCAUGACUGGUUACAGCCAGCACAGGAGCCAAAGGAUGAUCCAGAGAUUUCCUUCACUGAAGAUGACUACCGCCGUAGAAGAGCUCAUCCUAACUUCAAAUCACACAUCAGUGCCGAGAAGCUUGUCAUCAAGCAUGGAAAAACAAACAAGGCUAAGUUCAUUACCUAUGUUGUUGCCUCAGGGUUAACAUAUGGAUCAGGAGAAGAGAUAUUUCACUUCCUCUUCAAGACGGCAUGGCACGGACAGGCUCCAGCAUUGCAGUGUUUCGGGAAUGGCCAGAACAUUGUCCCAGCCAUCCACAUCAAGGACCUUGCAGCAGUGAUCGUGAACAUCUGUGAUCAGAAUCCUAAAGUUCGCUACCUAGUGGCAGUGGAUGAUUCUAAGAACACCCUUGAAGAAAUUGUCAAGGUUGUAAGUUUACAUCUUGGAAAUGGAAAAGUCAAGAACAUCACUAAAGAAGAAGCAUUGCUUAUAAAAGAGCUUGAGCAAGCUGACUUUGACAUGCUCUUGGUCAACCUGAGAAUGGAUGCUACAUACAUCAAGGAAGGCAUGAACAUCUCCUGGGUGUCAGAGGCUGGCCUUACAGAGAACAUAGAUCAAGUCAUAAAAGAGUACAAAGAAACAAGAGGCUUACUGCCACUUAGAGCCUGCAUUUUGGGCCCACCUGCCUCUGGUAAAACACUUGUCAUCAAACAACUCUGUGAUCACUACAAACUUCAUCACAUCAAAAUUCAAGACGUCAUUGAUGAAGCUGUGGAAAAACUGCAACGCAGUGCUGCUCGCGCAGAAGCUGAGGGUGAUGAUGAAGAUGAUCUUAAGGCACAAGAAGAUCAAGAGUUCCUUGAAACACUACAGGACAGCAAGGAUAGAAACAGCGGCCGUUAUGAAGAUCAGUACAUUAUCCGGUUUUACAAGGACAAGUUACAUUCCAUGCCUUGUCAAAAUCAGGUAGAAGGAUUCAAGUUUUUAUUUGGGCUACAUCACUUGCAACAAAUCUGGGCAAUUACAGAGGUGGUAGCGUCACUAGAAGCACCGGACGAAUUUCUUAAGAACAGAGUCAUGAACUUACCUGAAAGUGUGGUCGCUGGAACGCACAACACAGAGGAAGGUUUGACGAGACGGUUGGCUGAGUUUCGUGCUAUUAAUACUGAAGAUGAGACAGUCCUGAAUUAUUUCGAUGAACUGGAAAUACAUCCCGACCACAUUGAUAUAACUCACGAUAAAACCAGGAAAAUGACCAAAAUAGUGGAACAAAUCAAAAAGCUGAUGGGAUCACCCAGAAAUUACGGUCCUACACCGGAAGAGUUGGCGGAAAUGGAAAGAAUUGAAACUGAAAAACGACUUGAAAAAGAAAGGAAAGCAAGAGAAGAGCGGGAGAAACGAGAUGCCGAGGAAGCCGCUGAGCGACAACGAAGAGAAGAAGAAUGGCGUGUGCGAUUGUCGGAGGUCAAACGCCAAGAGCAAGAGUUGUUAGAAAAUCAGUCCAUUCCAUUGAGGAACUAUCUCAUGAAGCACGUUAUGCCGACACUUGCGCAAGGCCUUAUAGAGUGCUGUAAAAUGCGCCCUGAUGAUCCAGUUGAUUUUGUGGCGGAGUAUCUCUUCAAGAACAACCCACAGAUCGAUUGAAUAAGUUACGUAAUAAUUGUACAGUUGAAUGACAGUCACUGAGGAAACAUGUUAGCCUUCUGACGUUUUAUGAACAUACCACGCUGAUUUUAGUUUAGUCGUGUAAAAUUAACCGUAGAAAAUGUGAUGAGCAAUUGUCUUGUUAAGUUACACGUUCUAUUGUUGUAAAUAAAUCUUGAAUAUUAAAGUU